GAGAUAUUAGAACCACCCAUGCCGGCAGAUUCAGGGGUAUUUCCCAAAUCUAUUAGAACACGCGUGGCGGAAGAGUUCGCGUUGUACUCGUCUUGACCCUGCCUCCUACAUCCAUAACACGUGAACAUUGCAGCCACUGUGCAAGCUCCAUUCAAUCGGCGAAGCGGCAUCGGCGCGAGGGCGCAGCGCCCAAUCAGGUUCUCCCCGCGCUUGCUGACGAGCGACUGAGGCCGGCGCUGGGCGCUAGAGGAGCGCUAAUAGUCUAAUAGUCGUUAGCCAUGGCGGCCCUCGUGUUCAAGAUGGGCGCGCUGCUGCUUAAGCAGAUGGCCAAGCCCCUGGGCGCCCGGUUUGAGAAGUGGGCCCUGAACCAUCCGGUGGCGCGCAAGUACAUCAUCUCGACAGCGCAGGUUAUGCAUCGGUGGGAGGUGUACAUCACGCGCGGCGCGGAGGGCCGCUCCGGCAAGGCGUUCGUGGGCGCCAUGACGGAGGAAAAGAGUGUGGAGCUGGCAAGCAAAAUCGCAUCGGAGGGCUUCGUGUUUGCGGUGGGCAUCCUAAUUGUUACGUUCGAGUACGACCGCAACCGGCGGAAAGAAAUUGAGAAGAAGCACAAAGAGGAGUUGGAACGACUUGCAAUCCUUGACCAGGCCGCUAAAGAGCGCGAGCGGCUUCGUGUUGAGAACCUGGAGCAGCAAGAGCUGAUCGGCCAGCUGCUGCACCGCGUGGACAAGCUGGAAGAUCUGAUCCAUGAGGAGCAGGCGCGGCGGGCGCAGGGGCGGGGCGGCAUGUGGGGCGGCUUCUUCGCCCCGCGGGGUUUGUAGCAGCACGUCGGGCGGCUGCGGCGGUGAGCGGCGAGGUGCUGGGGGCGUGUGGCGGGUUGUUCGGGGGGCAGUUGCGGCGGGGGGCUCUUGAGCGCAGUUUGUGACUCGAACGGGGUGAGCAGUGACCUGCAGCGGGGUGAGCGGGGUGGUCCGUCGGUUAGAUCAGUAAGCGGUGUAAACGGCUGCGUCUUGCGAUAGGGUGUAAACAGCUGCGUCCUGCAAUAGCGUGACGUAGAGGUCGCGUGAGUGAAGGUCUCGAUCAUGGCAGUGCCACGCAGGAGGCAGAAUACUGUCGGGGGAAUGUGCUAAACUGUUUGCGGGUCUGCGCUCCGGAAGCACGCAAUUAGGUAGGCACACGCUAAUCGCAAGUUAGUUACUAGCCAUUGGUUGCGGACGGCCUUGCAUGUAUGUAUGCAUGCCGCGCGGGGUUAGUAAAACGGCAUCGUGGAUAUGGUGAAGAUCUCGAGAGGCUGGUGGUGAAGCGGGGCGAAGUAACGUGUGAACCGACGUGUGACCACGCAUGAAUGACAUUACAAGAGGGGGCUCACGAGAGGGGGCUUUCCCGACGCCGAACAGGUGUCCCGGGAGUCCCCCACGCUUGGGGAACAUCGGCGUAUUUUCUCGUAGUAUUGCGGUUUCUUUGGCAGGAGCAGGCCGAAUCCCGCUAUUUGGAAGGAGCAGGCCUCUGCCCACUCACCCAUCCAACCCCGUGCCGGUACGGCAAUACCGUGCCGGUGUCAAGCCAUUCUUGCCAGGCACAUCGCCGGAUUGCCCCCAAAUCCGUUAAGCGUUUCGG